GGGAGAUUGUGUGGAAUUUGGCAAAGCAGAAAGCAGUAGAUAGACCAUCAGCAAUGGCGACCAUAGCAGCAUCACAACACCACCACCAUCCAACAUCGCUAGAGGAAGUCCGUACGCUUUGGAUAGGAGACCUCCAGUUUUGGGUCGAUGAGUCCUAUCUCAACUCUUGCUUUGCUCACACUGGCGAGCUAGUCUCAAUAAAAAUUAUACGUAACAAGAUCACUGGCCAGCCUGAGGGAUAUGGAUUUGUGGAGUUUGUUUCUCAUGCAGCAGCAGAAAGGAUACUGCAGACUUACAAUGGGACACCAAUGCCUGGAACAGAUCAAAUGUUCAGGUUAAAUUGGGCUUCUUUUGGCAUUGGAGAAAGACGUACUGAUCCUGGGCCUGAGCAUUCUAUUUUUGUUGGGGAUUUGGCACCUGAUGUCACAGAUUAUCUAUUGCAAGAAACCUUUCGAGCUCACUAUCCAUCUGUUAGAGGUGCCAAGGUUGUGACUGAUCCAAAUACUGGACGCUCAAAGGGAUAUGGAUUUGUUAAAUUUUCUGAUGAGAUUGAGAGAAAUCGUGCUAUGACCGAGAUGAAUGGUGUCUAUUGCUCAACUAGAGCUAUGCGUAUUAGCGCAGCAACACCUAAGAAGCCCACUGGUUUUCAGCAGCAGUAUGCUGUGGCAAAAGCUGUAUAUCCAGCUCCAGCAUACACAACUCCUGUGCAGGUGCUUCCACCAGAUAAUGAUAGUACUAACACCACGAUUUUUAUUGGCAACUUGGAUCCAAAUGUCACAGAAGAGGAACUGAAGCAAUUAUUCUCACCAUUAGGAGAGAUUGUAUAUGUCAAGAUUCCUGCAGCCAAAGGAUGUGGUUUUGUACAGUUCGCAACCAGGACAUCUGCUGAAGAAGCUAUACAGAGGAUGCAGGGACAAAUGAUUGGUCAACAACUUGUUCGCAUUUCUUGGGGUAGGAGCCCAACAGCAAAGCAGGACCUACCUGGUAGUUGGGGUACACAAGCAGAUCCAAGUCAGUGGAGCGCAUACUAUGGUUAUGGACAAAGCUAUGAUGCUUAUGCUUAUGGGGCUACCCAGGAUCCCUCACUGUAUGCAUAUGGUGCAUAUGCUGGCUAUGCACAAUAUCCUCAACAGGUUGAAGGUUCUCAAGAUAUGGCAGCUAUGGCAGGUGCUUUCCCAGCUCUAGAGCAAAGGGAUGAGUCAUAUGAUCCACUGGCUACACCUGAUGUUGAUAAGUUAAAUGCCACCUACCUCUCUGUCCAUGGAAGUGCCAUAUUAGGCCGUCCUUUAUGGCUGAGAACCUUCUCCACAUCGCCACAAGCUUGAGCCUAUACUUACCUGUCUUUUAUUAAUGGUGAUCAUCACACUUCUAUGUGGUUACGUGGAAAAUCAUCAUUCUCGCAUUUAGUUGCAAGAAUCUCCCGACAGGAGAUGAGAGAAAAUGACAAGGAUUUCUAAAGCCUGAUGCUUUCUGCUCACAUUUGGCACAAUUGUAAUGCCCUGGAGUUGCCCUUAGGAUGAACAUUAACGCAUAAUUGAUUGUAUCUUCGUUUAUUUGUUCAACAUUUUUCCGCCAUGUUGGUCCCUGUAUGUUUUCUUGUUACAUGGAUAGGAGAGAGUAGAGGAUCUUAUCGACCCAAGCUGGUUGGAGAGCUUCAAAGUUUUUGGGUGUUCAUAUAACGAAAUAUUGUAACAUGCGAGUACAAAUGGAUACCAGGCAAUUUAAUCGGAGAAAUGUUUCUGAAAA